AUAUCUGGUGCUUGCCGUGUGUUGUUUUGGUGCAGAAUUUCGCAGGGUAUGUUGAUGUUUAGCAACAUCAGUAGUAAUAAAGCCGUUAGGUGAUUAUUUACACUAGAUUGUUUUACAGGUGUUGAAAUGGACAAUGUUUUUAUUCCAUUUUCUUCAUCUGGUCUGCCACAAGGAUCUAAACUUUCAACAUACCUUACUAGUCGUGUGCCGGACCGGCCUGAGCUGAGCAGCGCUCUAUCGGGCCUGACACUCAGUCCGGCCGGCAAGGGCCGCGGCCUGGGCCCCUCGGCGCGCCCCUUCACACCGGAGAGCACGGCUAACGGCUCACCACCGCAGUCGGCGGCCGCUCCGGCAGGGCCCGCCACCGCGGCCGGACCGCCGGGACAGGAGGCCGCCGACGCCGCGCCCCUGUUUGAGGAGAAUGUGGGCGGCACGACGUACUACUUCCGCGCCGAGGACGCGGCCGUGCAGAAGUCUGCUGAGCCGCCGACCAUCACGCCGCCCUACACGGCGUACGUGGCGCCGCCCGCGCGUCUCUCGGACGCCCAGGCGGCCACCCACCCGGCCAGCUUCUUCGUCAGCGACCAGCUGCGGGAGGCGAUCCUGCGCCAGCAGCACGUGCUGCUCAUGCAGGCCAACCCGCAGGCCUUCCCCGACCUGCCCACCGAGGUGGACAACUACCACGAGCUGUGUCCUUUGGAGCCGCCCGGCCAGCCGCACAAGUCCAGCACGUUCGGUUACGUCACCAGCGCCUACAAAGCCACCAACACCAAGUCGGGACAGUGCUACUGCCUGCGGCGGAUACACGGCCUGAGACUGUCCGGCACCAAGUGUCUCCAGCUGGUGGCCCUCUGGAGCAAGGUGAACCAUAGCAACCUGGUCACACUCCGGGAGCUCUUCACCACGAAAAGCUUCGGAGAUAACUCGGUGGUGAUGGUGUACGACUUUCUGCCUGCUGCCGAGACGCUGAUGGCGCGCCACUUUAGCCAGCCGCCGCAGCUGAACGGAUUCGCCGACCCGUUCCAGGACCCGAGCAUACCGCGGCCCUACAGCGCCCAGAAGAACGCCGUGCUCCGACAGCAGAACGCGCUGAUACCGGAGCCGCUGAUCUGGAGUUACGUGAUCCAGCUGACGGGCGCGCUGCGGCAGGUUCACUCCAGCGGACUGGCCUGCCGCGUGCUCGACCCCAGCAAAAUCCUCGUCACCGGGAGCGACCGGCUGCAUAUCAACUGCUGCGGGGUGCUCGAUGUGCUGCUGUUUGACAACAACGCCACCAACCCGCUGGCCAUGGUGCCGCACUAUCAGCAGGAAGACCUGGUCAGCCUGGGCAAGCUGCUGCUGGCGCUGUCGUGUAACUCGCUGCUGGCCGUGCAGCGGGACAACUUCAGCACCAGCAUCAGCAUCGUGGAGCGGCACUACUCGGCCGACCUGAAGGCGCUCAUCAUGAGCCUGCUGAUGCCGCCGCGGCCGCGCACCAUCGAGGACGUGAUGCCGCUGAUCGGGGCGCGCUUCUACCAGCAGCUGGACACCAGCGGCCGGCUGGCCGAGCGGCUCGAGGACGAGCUGGGCCGGGAGGUGCAGAACGGACGACUCUUCCGGCUGCUGGCCAAAAUGUCGGCCAUCACAGAGCGGCCCGAGCUGAACCUGGAGCCGUCGUGGGCCGAGACGGGCGACCGCUACAUGCUGAAGCUGUUCCGCGACUACGUGUUCCACGCGGUGACCGACGAGGGCCGGCCGUUCCUGGACAUGGCGCACGUGGUCCAGUGCCUCAACAAGCUGGACGCCGGCUCCUCGGACAAGAUCUGUCUGAUGUCGCGGGACAUGCAGAACGUGCUGGUGGCCACGUACGCCGAGCUGAAGCAGUGCUUCCAGCGCUCCUUCCAGGAGGUGUUCGAGGAGACUCUGGCCAAGGAGGACGCCGCGGCCUCCUAGUGCCGCCCGGUACACGGACGGUCGGCCUGCGCCGGAGCCUCGCUCGGCCGGCUGCGGCGGGGGGAGGCGCGAGCGGCGCCCUGAGGUCGGUGGCGGGCGCGCGGAGAGUCUGGUAGGUUGUGUCCGGCUGUUGGCGGGGUGGCGGCGCGGCCGGGGGUGGGCGACAUGCCGCGACGCUCCCAUCCAGCCGGCCGUACCACUCCGCGGGGCUGUGGCUCGGGGGACGGGAGGGUAGGGGGCAGGGGCUGGAGCAAACUGAUGGGGUUGUGAGCAGGCCAAGCGCCGAUGAGCCGUUCAAAAGUACCACCCGUGAGCCGUUCAAAAUUACCGCCCCUCCCACCGAGUACACUCGUAUACUCACCGUCCCACUUCCUACUUACCGGUUUGUCGUCAUAAUGGAACCGAAGGUCUUAAUUCAUCUCAUUUUUAGGUAUUCAUCUAUAGGGAUCGGCCACACACACACACAGUUUCGGGACCUCGGCAACGACAAGUGGUGGCUAGGAGCUCAGUUGCAGAGUAGUCCCGAAAGUUUUCUCUUACAUAACCCUAUGGCGCUGCAUGAAAAAAGUGUCCUGCUCUGUGCUUUUACUGAGAUAUUUCAGCUUCGUUAUUUAAGUUGCUGACACUUACUACGUUCGUUUUUUAAGCUAGAUAUUGCCAGUGGCCAGAUAAGUGGUACGAUGUAAUUAGAUUCAGUCUUUCUAAGCAGAUUGAAUCAUCUCCUUAAUAGUUGCUCGCCAGUUUAUAUAUUAUAGGGCGAGUACGUGGAACAGGCGAGAUGCAAUCAUUGAGCAGUGAGCCACUGCACAAAGGGCUGGCCGUACUUAUGUCUUUCUGCACUUUCCAUGCAGAACGCGUUUAGAUCUGUCUAUUUUGCAUUUUAUUUGCUUGAAGCCCUUCGUGAUAUUACGAUGGCUGAAAAUGAACUCAAAUGAUUGCACUGCGACCGACUUGUGUGUUUAUUUAUGAUAUGCACCCAUUGAAGGUCGAUGUUUUAGCUUUAUACAUAUUUGCGCAUUAAACUUUAUAAACCAGGGAGCAUAACAUUAAUGGACCUUAUGUUCCACUCAGCAACAUGUUUCACAAAUAUGACUCGUGGCGUCUCAUUCACCCUAUUCCACCCGUCCAAAGUAUCGCCACCCAUUGAUCGAAGGUACAAACAGACCCUGCUUCCAUAACGCCCGGACGGACGCGGCCUCCGUCGGGCCGCACCCUGAGCGCGCGCUGCAAUACGGCGCUGCAAUGCAGCAUGUGGCCGGUGGCGACACUGCUUGCAGCCCCGGAUAGUUUUUGUAUGCUCUCUCAUCUGGCCUGGAAUCGGAUUAUUUUUUAUAUGAUUAUCAAAUUGAGGGGUGCACUUGUCAUCCUCUUUUACUACCAUCCGCGCUGACAGGUUUGAUCCGCUCAAAGCACGCUCUGAAGCUGUGCUGUCGGUCGGGCCCGUCCCCGAUGUGUUUUUGCGUCUCCGGAGGUGCUACUGGUGAGACCCCGUGUCCCAGGGUAGCGCGCCGUGCCGACUGGAAGGGUUUCCAACAGGGUCGCGUCGCGGUCUCUGUGGCUUGGCCGCUCCGCAGUGCGCGCGCGCUGUGGCCAGCCCAAUCAGACCGCUUGUCUUAUGUGUAAGUGUGUGUGUGGAUGCGUAUAUUUGUGCGUGCUUGCGUCGGCAUCGUGAAGCGGGCGCUGUACAAAGUCGCGGCGCUGUUACGGUCCGGCAGGAGGCAAGUGGUCUCCGCCUGCCGGGACGCUCUAUUCGAGCCGCUGACCCGGCCGACCGAACUGACCUCGGAUGGCCGUUGGUUGAUAAGCCAACGCCAGAGACAGUGAUGGCAGUAGCGAUAAGAGGCGAUUGUGUCGGUGUCAGAAUUGCAUAAUUUUAUGCGCACUUUUCGCGUAUUCGUUGCGUCGGUUUCAGCUGUCUACCGCAAUUGUGGCGAACCGGCGAAAUUCCCGACCACAACGGUCUGCAUGUAUUUAUUUACAAAAAGUGUGAUGUUUUAUACUCCAUUGUCGCAGUGAAUUCCACAAUUGUGCUCGACAUUUUUGCCUCACUAUAUCGCUGAAGUCCUGGCCGUUUUGGCUCCAGAAGUAUUUUUAAUUUCCUAGGUGUUGUAUCUAGGAAAAUAUAAAAGAGAUGUCUUAUUUUGAGACUGACAGGUAAAGCUCAUAAAAAUGAAUAAAAAUGAAAAUAUU